AUGGAGUCUGGAGACAGGAGAAAGUUCCCUCCAGCUCUGCAUUGUCAUAAACUCUCUGACAUAAGUUCAUCUACGUCUGAAGACAAAGCAGCUGCAGAAAUAGCUCGCUGCCUUAAAGAGCCCAAUUAUUACGUCAUACACAGUACUGUCAAGAGCUUAGGCGUAGCAAGGGCAAUAGAGCUAUUUAAUAAAACCUCCAAGAUCCAGAAACAAGGAGGUAUAGCCACUUGUGAUGGUGACAGAAAGAAGUCUCCAGGUGGGGUUUUCCUGGGAUUAGUGAAGAAGGAGGUCACGAAUAAGCAGAAAAAGUUAAUAUUUAAGAGAUUUAGACCCAAGAAGAAAAGGAGUGUGACAAUUAAGAGAAACUGUAAUGGAGUCGUGUCUGAAGACUGUGGAACCAACGAAGAACUAAUGGAAACUGAUCAAUUGCCUAGCUCAGUGUCUAGUGGUGUGAAGGAUCGUGUUAAAGGAGAUCAAUUCAAUGAUCUUGAAACUGAUUUGCCUGAUCCUGGAGACUAUGGCAUAACAUUCUGUUAG